AUGCGCAAGACUGUCUUGGAUUGUUUGUACAUGGGUUCCUACGAUGACUACUUCAUCCUGAAGGACGCCGUGGGAACGAUUGGCUUCUUUGGUCAUCAGAAGUGCACAACCACAUUCUGGAUGCUUGCAUAUGACUGGCCGCUGAUUCGUGAGACGAGUACCUACAGACGUCUGAGAGCACACGCGGAGAUGCCAUGGUCAGCUCUGGAAUUUGAGAACAUGGGUGAUCCUAUCCAACUUCUGGACCAGAAUCCGACCACAUUUGAGGAGUUUAUUCAAAUGCAUCGACGAACUCACGAGCAGCUCAAGAAAGGAGACAACAAUGUUGGGAUUGCCCUCUGCAUGCAGCUACUUGAUCGCGCCGACUCAGGAAAAAAAUCCGGAAAGCCGGAUGCUUGGGAGGAAGAGAAAAAAGAUGUAGCGAUACGAAGUGACAAGGUGGGCCCGCGGCUAGCGAAUGGAUGCCUCCACAGUGUCACAGGUGACCCAGCAGCACAACAGUCCCUUCUCGGCAAGCGGCGGCAGAGCCACUGCCACUCACUCACUGGAACGAAGUUGUGGAUCGGUGCAAUGCUAGUGGACGGCCACCCACUUGGUUUCUGGAAGAAGGAGAAGAUUGCACGGCUAGAGAGAUCACUGCAAGGCUUAAAUGAACAACUUUCAUUUGCUCAUGCUGAAUGCUUCGAGAAGGAUGCUAUUUUAUCCAAGCAAGCAAAAGUAGCUGAAGAAGCCAUACUAGGCUGGGAGAAAGCAGAGGCUGAAGCUAUAGCUAUCAAGACAGAACUUGAUGAUACUCUACAUCAGAAAGCCAUGGUUGAGCAAAGGAUUUGUCAGCUUGAUGAGGCUCUAAAUGUUGCAGCGGAAGAGAGGGAGUUGUUGAUAAAGGAUACUGCUCAAAUAAUUUCUUGUGAGAAGGAUAAAGUUUGGAAUCUAGAACAAAAUGUCGCGGAGAAAGAGAACAUAAUUGCUAGCUUGGACGAUGAGUACAGCAGACUAUCUGAAAUCCUCUCAGCAAAAGAGAAAAUCAUCUUAGAUCUAACUGAAUCAAAUGCAGUGAAAGAGUCGGACUUGAAGGACCUUGCAGUAAAACUAGAGUCAACAGAGAGAUCAAAUUCUUCUCUUAGAUAUGAGGUUUGCAUGCUGCAGAAGCAACUUGAUAUUCGUAGUGAGGAAAGGAAGUGUAACCUCAAAUCUGCUGAUGCUUCACACAAACAACAUCUUGAAAAUGUAAGGAAGAUUACUAAGCUAGAAGAAGAAUGCAAGAGAUUGCGCUCAAUGGUACGUAAAAGGCUACCAGGACCAGCUGCCAUUGCUAGAAUGAGAAGUGAAGUUGAAACACUGAGCAGCAGUACAACACACAUAAGGACGGGAAAGUUGAAUUCUUCGCCAUCCUUCAAUUCAUAUGAUCAGACACAGAACACUUCCAAUGCAUCACAUGUAAGUCCUUCAUUGCUUGCAAGGCUACACGUGACGGAAGAUGAAAAUAAGGCCAUGCAGGAAUCUCUUUCUAGAAAGGAUGGUGAACUUCAGCAUUCCCGUACCAUGCUUGCUCGCACAACCUCUAAACUUUCCCAAGUUGAAGCUCAACUCGAAGACUUAUCAGGUGAUCGAGCUACCACAGAACUGGCAAAAAGGAGUCCUACAGUGGUUGAAAAUCCUCUUUCAUCUAUCUCCGAGGGUGGUCGCAAUGAAGAUAAUGUCAGCUGUUCUGGUUCAUGGGCAUCAGCCUUGAUUUCUGAACUUGAACAUUUCAAGAAGGGGAAGCUGACUACACCUUCUUGUAAGAGCACAAGAAUGUCAGACUUAAGUUUCAUGGAUGACUUUGAAGAAAUAGAAAGGCUAGCGAUGGUAUGUGAUGAUAAGCCUUCAAAAUCAUAUGAUGUAAAGAGAGAGGCAGCAGAAUCAGCAGGUAAAGAGCUGGUUCCAGUUGAUGGUCUCAGUGAAACAGCUAAUCAAGUUCACCCGCACAAGACUGAGAAGGGACUCCUGAAGUUAAUUGAACUUGUCGAGGGAGUUAUCCAGAGAUCGUCAAAAGAUUACAGUAGCAACCUUGUGCAAUCUGGUGGCAACAUGGGUGAUCAAUCUACGCUGAUAACUGGUUAUUUCGCUCAUGCAUUCUUAUGGAAAACAUCAGAACUCACAUGUGUACUGCGACACUUCAUUGUUGUAUGCAAUGAGCUUCUGUAUGGGAAUACUGAUGUCGAAAGAUUUGUUCUUGAAGUGAGCCUCACACUAGAUUGGAUACUGAACCACUGCUUUUCACUGCAAGAUGUAUCAGAGAUGAGGGAAACUAUCAUAAAGCAUUUGCAUUUAGAUAGCACUGAUGUGCAUGAAGCUGUUGCAGCCAAACAAAUAGGAGUCCAAGCCACAAAUGGCAUAGAUGAACCCGGCACUCCAAACAGCGUGCAGAUGUCACUAGUUUCUCAAUCAAGCCCCAUGGAUAUUGGACUUAAAGCUGAUAAUGACACAGACAGUAUAAGGAAUGGAGUCUCAUUCUUCCAUGCACCGGAAGUAAAAUCUUCAAGUUUGCGAGCAGAACUUAAUGCAUUGAAAGAAACAGGAAAUCUGGUAACACAUGGUGUUGAUGGUAAAUCAACAGUGAGUGAACUUGACAAACACAAAUCCAUCGCUAACUCUGAGGUAAACAAGGGCAAUCUACAGGGAAGCAGUCACUCUACUGAAGAAGACCCAAAAUGUGUUUCUGGGAAUAAAGAUAAAAAUCUACAAGCGCAGCUGGAGAUCUCGACAGCAUCAGAGAAGCUCAUUGAGUGUCAGGAGACAAUCCUAAACCUGGGAAAGCAACUGAAAGCACUUGCAUCGCCAAAGGAUGCCACCUCGGUUCGUCCAGAGCGAAAACCUCGGUCCAAGUCACUGAAUGAGAUGCUAGCCGUCGACGACGGGGGAUUUGAUGACCUCAGCUCCCCGAAGACCAAGGAGAUUAUAUGCUCAGAAAUAAGGCCACCACAUGAAAGAAAAUUUUCGGCCGACGGGGGAGGUGACGAUUCAGAAUCGUGUUAUUCUCACCCAACACCGGUGGCUCCACCCGCCAAGCCUUCCGUUGUGAGCGGAAGCUGCAAGAAAGAAGCCGCCGCCAAGGCCGUAUCACUAGCCGUUGUCCCAAGCAAGCAGAAGGGGAACCCCAACUUGCUCAAGAGGAUCCUGACAGGAAGGAGGAGGGAUGCCAUAAUCAAACCAAAGGUGGUCCUGAGUGCUUAG